AUGCAGCCGCUGCGUCUAUUACCGUGGAUUCAGUGGAGCAUCAAGCUGCUUACUGUCUUCGUGGUCCCGUUUCCCGUGAUCGCAGUCAAUUGAUCGCAGUGGUCAUUCGAUUGCUCGGGGAGGCUUCCCUCAUUGUGCGAGCGUAUAGGCAGUUUUGGGUGGCAUUCUACGACUUACCUCACCAUCAGCGGUCUGUCGAGCGCCGUGUCAGGAGUGGGCUGCGCGCGGCGCUGGCGAUCGGCAGGCAUAGCUUCGAGUGUGGGGCGGCAUUGUUCGGCAUCACUGUCAUUUACACCGCCUGGUGCAUCGCGUGGCUCUGGUCCCCGCCCGAGGAGUUUUCAGUGCAGCUGGGCGAGAAGAGAUUUCUGGACCAGCUGAGCGGCCGCGCACUACUCAUCGAUGUGGUCAUCCCGUGGCUGUUCUGCAUCUUCACGCCGGUCUGCUUGGUCAUAGUGUGCAUUCUAAUCUGGAGCGAGCUGAUGCAUAAGCUGCUGCUCAUCGACGACAGGGUGGGUUAUCUGUUGCGGGUGCUGUACGUGAUCGAGGAGGGCGGUUGCUGGGACCGAUGUGUGUCGCUCAUCCACUACCUCAAGAACAGCAGCCGCUUCCUCCCCUCUCUGCCCAUCAUCAUCACGGCAUACGACCUGCAGCAAGCGGGCGGCCGGGCGGGGUUCAGCUCGCGACCACAGGCGGUUCGUCAGUACUCACUCUUUGGCCACCGUCUCUCGAUCAUUGGCCGGCGUGUGGGUCUCAUCUUUGCCAACGGCCGAGACUAUAUGGGCGGCUCAGACCCCGACCCGACCCGCCGACCAAACGUGAGCAGCCGGGAGAACGAACACACACUUGGGAGGGAGGGAGGGAGGGCGGGAGAGAGAUGAGCAUGUGGAUUGUUUGUUUCCUGUCUGCUGUCUGUCUGUCUGCAGGUGGCAACAAAGUAUACUCUUCGUUCACGGAUAUCAUCGUCUUCCUGGUCGAUUCGUGCAGCUGGAUGGACCCUCGUCUGCGCCCCCACUUCACGCACCCAAGCCCACUCAUCACUCCAACUCCCAGCCAGUACCAGCUCACGCAGGACGUCAUACUGCACGCAAGGGGCCAGUGGAACGGCUGCCGCAAAGCGGGCGCCCAAUGUGGGCGGCGUGACGGUGCGGGUGCCGCUGCAGUGCUUCGCCAUUUUGGUCGACAGCCGCCCACACCAGGUGGUCCACACACGGGGCCGUGUGGGUGUGCGUGAGGUGGUGCAGAGGGCCCGGCUGGACGAGGCGGCUCGACACGGCAUAGAGGAGGGGGCCAUCAACAAGGGCUUCAACGACCACUUGGGGAAUGCCGACUGUGAGUUUGGUGGGUGGUGGAAGCUGGGCCGCAUCCACGAGCGGGGGCAGUGGGUGACACUCGGGAUCAACUGA